AUGCCUCCAAAACGAAAGCACAGUGAUGAUGAGGAACAUGAUUCCAAGCGCUACGCCUACCUCAAACCCCAUGUCCGCCGUGUCCCCGAGAGAACCAUCAAGUCAAAAUGGAUAACUCUACCAGAACCCGUUCAAGAAAGAGUCCGGGAUAUGUUUCAUUCCCUCGAGCGACCGGUCAUCAUGCGAAGCCAGAAUGAGCGCAAGCGCAUCGAGGCGCAGGGUGCUGUGCAAGCGGUUGUGCGAAAUCUAGGCAAACGACUCCCACGGAUGCCCUUCCCUCCCGCGACAAAAGACUCGAACUUCGACUACGAGUCUGCGUUAAAUGAGCACCGGGCACUGGAAUCCAGCCUGGCCACCAUGACCGACAGUGUCGACCUCUUGAAAGCUGAGAUUGCAAAAGAAGAAGCGGCCCUGGUGCGUGAUAAAAAGUCACUGCAGGAAAUGGACAAGAACGCCAAACGGGCCGAGGCUGAACGAAAAAGACAGACGAAGAAUGAACACCCCGUUCUCCGGCAGCUGGACGCGCUUCCUCAAACCGAGGGCUCAAUGGCUUCCGGGUUUACGCUUCUCGGCGCAAAGGAUAGCCAAGCGACUCUGGACGAGUUGGACGCCGACCCCGAAAUUCAAGGACUUAUGAAGCAACUAAAUGGCCAUCUUCAAUCCAUGCAAAGCAAUACUGCGCCAUUUGCUGGGCUAAGUGAGGCGAUCACUCGUUCGCAAGCUGCCUUGGACCUGUACUCAGUGUCCAACGACUGA